GUCACGAUCGGUGUCCGCGCGCGAGCUCGUCGGACCCUCGUUUACUUAUAAUACUUAUAUAUACUUUAAAAUAUAAUAUCACUUGAAAACAAUAUGAGCUCGUCGUCGUCGUCGUCGUUUGUCGCGCUGAUUCUGCUGCUGCUGGCGAUGAUCGGCAAAGGUCAGGGCCGCGUCGACGUGAGACGCAUACCCGCCGAUUUUUCCAUCGGCACCUCGACCUCGGCCCACCAGGUCGAGGGCGGCUGGACGGCCGACGGCAAGGGCCAGAGCAUCUGGGACAAUUUCACGCACACGAGGGCGGACCGGAUACGCGACGGCUCGAACGUCGACAAGGGCUGCGACCACUAUCACAAGUACAAGGAGGACAUCGAGCUGUUGGGCGAGCAUGGCUUCGAUCACUACAGAUUCUCCCUGAGCUGGUCUCGUCUCCUGCCCACCGGCCGGCCCGACAACGUCAAUCGAGCCGCCGUCCGCUUCUAUCACGGCAUCCUGGACGAGCUCGAGCGGCGCAACGUGACGCCCUACGUCACCAUCUACCACUGGGACCAUCCGCAGGUGCUCGAGGACGAGCUCGGCGGCUGGCUCAACGAGUCGAUGGCCCGCGUCUUCGCCGAGUACGCGCGCUUCGUGUACGAGGAGUUCGGCCCGCGGGUGCGCACCUUCACCACCAUCAACGAGCCCUACGUCAACUGCUACUUCGGCUACGGCACGGGCGCCUACGCGCCCGGUCGACGCCAGCCCGGCCUCGGCGAGUACCAGUGCGUGCACAAUCAGCUCAAGGGUCACGCGCUGGCCUAUCGCAUCUACGACCGGGACUUCCGCGCGAGGCAGCGCGGCCGUGUGGGCAUCGUCAACGUGUGCUUUCAGUACUACGCCAAGUAUCCGCAGCAGGCGGAGCUCGCCGAGCGGGCCUUCGAGUUCGAGUGCGGCUGGACGUCGCAGCCGAUCUUCGGCCCCGAGGGUGAUUAUCCCGAGGUGAUGAAGAAGACCAUAGCGGAGAAGAGCCGGAGGGAGGGUAGAAACAGCUCGAGACUGCCCGAGUUCAGCCCCGAGUGGAUAGAGAUCAUCAAGGGCUCGAGCGACUACUUCGGUCUGAAUCAUUACUCGGCGAUGCUGGUGGAGGAGCUGCCGCCGGGCCUGAGGGUGGACGCCGUCGACGUGCAGAUGAUGACCCAGGACGCGGAUCUGCUCAAGUCCUACGAUCCGAAGUGGCCUGGAACGGAGAGCUCCUGGCUCAAGAUCGUUCCCGAAGGCAUAAGGGACGUGCUGAACAGCAUCAGGAAGAAGUACGGCAAUCCACCGGUGUACAUAAUGGAGUGCGGCACGUCGGACGGCAACGGCCUCGACGAUAAUCUGCGCGUCAAGUAUCUGCACUCGUACAUGCAGCAGGUGCUGCUCGCGAAGAAGCGCGACAAGUGCGACGUCAGGGCCUUCACGAUCUGGAGCUUUCUGGACAGCUUCGAGUGGAACUCCGGCUAUACAGAACAUUUCGGACUGGUGCAGGUGGACUUCAACGACGAGAAUCGCAAGCGAACGCCGAAAAAUUCCAUGGCUUGGCUGAAGACGGUGCUGCAGUCUCGGCAAUUGUUGCAGCCGAUCUCUCUGCUACCGAAAUUCGACGAGCUCAAGCUUUGAAAUCGUUUAUUCGCUCAUACGAACAUACUAGUCAAGAUUAUUCAUACUCGCCUAUGUAUUAGAAAAAAAAUGAACGAUCGACACUGCUGCCAAAGCCUGUCGUCUUCCACCCAAGUUCCUCCAAAGUUAUUCCCUUUUAUCCCUCCUCAUUUAUGUCCAUAGACAGUACAUGUCUCUAAAUAUCGUAACAUGAAAAAAUAUUAAACAUUCACAGCAUUUUCAAACUCAUUUUAAUCGAAAAUUUUUGAUUGAAAUUAUAUCGAAUUUUAGAUAUUGAUAAAAAAUAAAAGAUAAUGAAUAUUUAGGUAGCUUAUACGAGUAACGUAUGGCCUGAAUAAAAUGGUCAAUAUUAGUAAUGGUCUAAUGCCGAUAAAGGAUCAUUUAAAAUAUUUAAAAAUACGUUGACAAUACUUUAAUAUUUUUGUUUAUUUUUGUG